UUGUUGUCGGUCUAGUUCUAGGUUAUGCUCUACAGAAACUCCAUGUUAGCAACGAACUCUUCACUCUCAAAUCUACCACAUUCUUCCUAUAUCUACUUCCUCCAAUUAUUUUCGAUGCUGGCUAUUUUAUGCCAAAUCGACAACUCUUCGAAAAUUGGGAUUCUGUCCUUCUCUUCGCUUUUGUAGGCACAAUUUGGAAUACUUUAGCUAUUGGUUUUUCUCUUUACCUACUUGGCCAAUUAAAUUUAUUUUCUGUUGCCUUCUCCAAUUUUGAAAUUUUAUUGUUUGCUUCUUUAAUUAGUGCGGUUGAUCCUGUUGCUGUUAUUGCUGUUUUUGAGGAAAUACAUGUUAAUGAGUUCCUUUUUAUUAAUGUUUUUGGGGAAGCUUUGUUUAAUGAUGGUGUUAGCGUGGUACUUUAUCAAAUGUUCCGCAAAUUUACUCUUAUUGGUGUUAACAAUCUUGCAGUUUUUGACUACAUUGCUGGAAUAUUUUCUUUUGUUGUGAUAGCAUUAGGGGGUACUUUAAUUGGACUUUUCUUUGCUUUCUUCGUUUCUAUACUGACGAGAUUCACAAGUCGAGUCAAGAUUCUUGCACCUGUAUUUGUUUUUGUUGUUCCAUAUUUAGCCUAUCUUUCGGCUGAAAUGUUUGGAUUCUCAUCUAUAUUAGCGUAA